AUCAAUUUAUUAUUUAUUCAACAUAUUAAAUUUUUUUUUCUAUAUAUUCUCUCAUUUGCCUCCAUUUUAUUUUCUUCAAACCAAAAAAAAAUUAUUUUCCUAUAAUUUCUCUAUAAUUCCUUCUCAUUUAAUCAAAUGGGUGAGAAAAAAGAAGAAACUAAAGCAGAGGUAGCAGAGAAGAAGAAUGACGCCGGAGAAAAAAAGUCCGGCGGCGGUGAUGCUGUCGCCGCCGGUGGGAAAAAGGAUGCCGGUUCUACCGUCAUAGUUUUAAAACUUGAUUUGCAUUGUGAAGGCUGUGCCAAAAAAGUCAAACGUUCCAUUCGCCAUCUCGAAGGUGUGGAGGACGUGAAGACGGAUUGUGACGGUGGAAAAUUGACGGUGAAAGGGAACGUGGAUCCGGCAUGGAUCCGGGAGAAAGUAGCGAUGAAAACGAAGAAGACGGUGGUGCUCGUUUCUCCUCAGCCUAAAAAGGACGCCGGCGCCGGCGCCGGCGGUGGAGAUAAAAAACCCGAUGAGAAAAAGGCAGAAGAGAAAAAACCUGAAGAUAAGAAGCCUAAAGAGCCACAAGUAAGUACAGUGGUGUUGAAGAUUCGAUUGCAUUGUGAUGGGUGUGCACACAAAAUAAAGAGAAUUAUAAAGAAAAUUGAUGGGGUAGAAGAAGUCAAAGUAGAUUCGGAAAAAGAUUUGGUCACGGUUAAGGGUACAAUGGACUUAAAGGAAUUAAUUCCUUAUUUGAAAGAUAAAUUGAAAAGAAAUGUAGAAAUCAUACCACCAAAGAAAGAUAAUGGAGGUGGCGAAAAGAAAGAAGGCGGUGGCGGUGGUGGCGGAGAGAAGAAAGAGAAAGAAGGUGGUGGUGGUGAGAAGAAAGAGAAAGAAGGUGGUGGUGGUGGCGGAGGUGGAGAGAAGAAAGAGAAAGAAGGGGGCGGUGAUAAGAAGGUUGAGAAUAAUGAGAAAAAAGAGGGUGAACAAAAAGCCGAAGGAAGUAAAGGCGUGGAGACAAAGUCUGAAGCGAAUAAAUUAGAAUAUUAUGGUUACAAUGCACAAACACAUUACUCCAUGCCUAUGUACAACCAAAGUUACAUGAAUCAAGACUAUGGUUUAACAAUGUACGAUCUCGGUUACAACGCUCAUACAGGCUACGCCAUGGAGUAUGGCUACCACCAACCAUCAUAUGUACCACCUCCUCCACCAACGACAUACUUGAACAACGCACAAAUGUUCAGUGACGAGAAUCCUAACGGUUGUUCUGUCAUGUGAUUCACGUGACAGAUCAUUCGAUCAUCAAUGUUGAGGGAGAGAGUUCAAGUGAAAAUGUAAAUACAUCAAAUCAAUAGUCUCAUCAAGAAAAUGUCUCAAUGUCUAAAGAUAACACAAUGAAUUGUAAUUUACAAGUUCUAAUGAGAUUUCCCCCCUUAUACUUUUGUAUUAAUUUGUGGGAAAAAAUCACAUAUUAUGAGACAUUUAGAAAAAAAUAAUAAUAUGAAAUGUAUACGUAAUGGUAUAUGAGGAUAUAGUUUCUUUUUAGGAAUUGUCAUUAGGUUUAAUUAGGUUUAUCUUUUGACUUGUAUGUUAUUAAUAUAAUAUAUAGAUAAUAAUAUAUUCAAUUUUGUGACUA